GUUGAGAUCACCCUACAGGACGUGAAUGACAAUCCUCCAGUGUUUCCUACAGACUCUCUGGACGUCAUCAUCCAGGAGAACAUCAGUGAUGGCUUCAGGAUAAUGCAGUUAACAGCCACUGAUGCGGACGAGGGUCCGAAUGCUCUGGUGACCUAUGCCAUCAUCAGCGGAGCGGACGACAGCUUCCACAUCGAUCCUGAGUCCGGGGAUCUGAUCGCCACCAAGCGUCUGGACAGAGAGCGUCGCUCCAAGUAUUCGCUGCUGGUGCGGGCGGAUGACGGGCAGCAGUCAUCUGAUGUGCGAGUCAACAUCACCGUCAGCGAUGUCAACGAUCACACACCCAAGUUUUCCCGCUCCGUGUAUUCCUUCGACAUCCCAGAGGACACAGCUCCAGGCUCUGUCGUGGCCGCUAUCUUGGCCAGCGAUUCAGACUCCGGGCUGAACGGUGAGGUGACGUACUCUAUAGAGGAGGAUGAUGAAGACAGCACCUUCCUCCUGAACCCUGUGACUGGCGUGUUUAACGUCACCCGUCCUCUGGACCAUGAGUCUCAGCAGUUCUAUAUCCUGACGGUUCAGGCUCAGGACGGCGGAGGUCUCUUCAGCUUCGUCCGGGUCUACUUCAACAUUCUGGACAUCAAUGACAAUCCGCCCAUCUUCAACAGCUCCGUAUACAGCACCUCCGUCCUGGAGACUUUAAACCCGGGCACGUCUGUGCUCACAGUGAGCGCCAGAGACGCAGAUGAUGGUCUGAACGCAGAGUUACAUUACGCCAUUGCAUCAGGCGACCCGCAGUCCCAGUUUUCCAUAACUGACCUUGGCGUCCUGCAGACCAGGAAGUCUUUGGAUCGAGAGACACAGUCGUUCUACAACCUGGUUAUCACCGUCAAUGACCUGGCUCCGCCCCCCAUGACACGCUUCACCAGUACCGCUCAGGUGUCCAUCAUACUGCUGGACGUCAACGACUGCCCGCCCACCUUCAUCUCUCAGAAGAUGGCGUAUGUUCAGGAGAAUACUCCAGUGGACACCGUGGUGUUUAGCGCUCGGGCCACCGACGCAGACAGCGGGCCCAACAGUUAUGUGGAAUAUUCUCUGAAGGGCACGUUCGGACACAAGUUUAGCAUGGGGAACAUCAAUGGUGAGGUGAUGUUAGUGGGAGAACUGGACCGUGAGGAGAUGUCAAACUACACACUGACGCUUGUGGCCACAGAUAAAGGUGAACCUCCUCUCUCCUCCAGCAUGGAGAUCACAAUGAUCGUGCUGGACGUGAACGAUAACACGCCCGGCUUCUCUCAAAACAUCUACGACAUGGAGAUCGAGGAGAACACGCUCACCGGAACAGACGUGCUCCAGGUGUUUGCCAGCGACGCAGAUGAGGGAACCAAUGGCCAGAUUCGCUUUUCCAUUGCGGCUGGGAACAUCAAUUCAGAUUUUCGGAUUGACUCUGUGACGGGAGUUAUUUCAGUGGCCAAACCUCUCGAUCGGGAAAUGCGGGCGUUGUAUUCUCUGGUGGUGCAGGCGGCAGACCGCGGCAGCAGUCCCCGCACGGAUCGAUCUACCGUCAACAUUGUGCUUUUGGACGUGAACGACUGUUUGCCAACGUUCGAGCAGUCACCCUACACCAUCACUGUCCAGGAGAACUUAGGGAACCUGCCCAGAAACAUCUUACAGGUGGUGGCCGGUGAUGAUGAUCUGGGCAGUAACGGUCAGGUGAGCUACGCUCUAAGCAGUGAGAAUGAUGCAGCGUUCAGCCUCACGUCCAGCGGUCAGCUGAGUCUCAUUCAAACUCUGGACCGUGAGACACAAGACAAGUACACACUCAUCAUCACAGCUCAUGAUUCAGGCUCUCCGUCUCUAAGCAGUUCUGGUACAGUAAUAGUUCUGGUCGGUGAUGUCAAUGAUAAUAUUCCAACAUUCAGCUCCAUGUCUUUCCAUACGAGCAUUCCUGAAGACGCUACCACCGGCACAGACGUCCUGCUGCUCAACACCUCAGACGCUGAUGAAGGACUCAACGGAGUCAUCAGUUACAGUCUCAGCGGAGGGGACAGUCAGUUUUCCAUAAACCCGUCUACAGGUCUGAUCAUCACCAGUUCUCGGCUGGAUCGAGAGACACGAGCGAGUUAUGAGCUGUUGGUGGUGGCGGUGGACGGCGGACAGCCCACUCCUCUGUCCAGUUCUGCUAGCGUGUCUGUGGUGGUGUCUGAUGUCAAUGACAAUCCUCCACGCUUUCAUCAUCAUCCAUACGUCACACACAUCCCUGCCUCCACCUCUACAGGUUCGCUGGUGUUUGCCGUCACAGUAACAGAUGAAGAUUCAGGCUCGAACGCUCAGCUGCACUAUUCACUCACCGGUAGGAAUUCUGAAAAGUUCAAGAUAGACCCAAUCAGAGGUGCUAUCAUCGCCAGUGAAAAGCUUUCUGGGAGUUCGGAGGUCACCUUCACCGUCCAUGUGAGAGAUGGAGGCGUCAACCCUAAAACAGACAGCACCACCGUCACCGUUCGCUUCGUCACUGGAGGAAACUUCCCUCUUAUUAGACUCAAAGAGAAAACCUUCACUUUCCCAGAAAACCAACCCAUAAACACUAUUGUUACCACGGUGACCGGAACAUCAGCCAGGGCGGGUGCUUUGUCAUUUUAUAUCGCGAGUGGAAAUCUGGAUCAUGCGUUUCAUGUCGAUCAGCUCUCAGGAGAGUUGUCUAUAAAAACUCCUCUGGACUACGAGAAGAUUCAGAAGUAUGUUUUAUGGAUCGAGGCACGAGAUCAAGGUUUCCCUCCUUAUUCAGCCUACGAGAAAAUGGAGAUUACAGUGCUGGAUGUCAAUGACAACCCUCCUGUUUUUGAUCGAGAGCCAUUUCACGCCGAGAUUCUAGAAAACCUCUCACCUCAGCGUGUGCUGAUAGUUUCUGCGGUUGAUGGAGACGACGGACCAAGCGGACAGCUGGAAUAUGCCAUCGUUGAUGGAAACAAAGAAAACAGCUUCAGCAUCAGCCGGGGAACAGGUGAAAUCCGCAGCACGCGUCCUCUGGAUCGAGAGAAGGUGGCUCAGUAUGUGUUGAGAGUGAAGGCGACAGAUCGAGGCAGUCCUCCUAAAAGCACCGCGGUCAGAGUCUUGAUCGAUGUGCUGGAUGUCAAUGACAACGCUCCCAGAUUCUCCAAAAUCUUCAGCGCUACUGUUCCUGAGAAUGCACCGGUGGGCUUCACCGUUACCCGGGUGACCACCACAGAUGAAGACACAGGUGCUAACGCAAUAAGCCGAUACUCCAUCAGUGACACCAGCCUUCCGUUCAUCAUUCACCCCAGCACCGGUGACAUCACCAUCAGCAGACCUCUGAACAGAGAAGACACCACUCAUUACAUCGCUAAAGUCACGGCACACGAUUCAGGAUGGACCGUCAGCACUGAUGUCACCAUCUUCGUGACUGAUUUAAAUGAUAACGCUCCUAGAUUCAGCAAGCCCUCAUAUUACCUGGACUAUCCCGAGCUGAUGGAGGUGGGAUCUAUCGUGACUCGAGUGUCUGCCACAGAUCCAGAUGAGGGAUUCAAUGGGAAAAUAUUCUACUUUAUCAGAUCCCAAACCGAGUAUUUCAGAAUCAACUCCACGUCUGGUGAGAUCUUCAUUAAACAGCCGCUCAGAUAUCAGAACUCAAGCGCUCACAGUAAUGUCAAUGUGAACCGUAACAGUUUCAUCGUCACGGCUUCAGAUCGAGGUGUCAAGCCGCUCAUGAGUGAAACUACAGUUAUUGUAAAUGUAGUUGAUAGUAAUGAUAACACACCCAUGUUUGAAUCUGCCUUUUACUUCACUCCAGUAACUAAAAGUGUAAAGGUCGGCACCAGACUUCUGAAAGUCACAGCACGUGAUGAGAAGGACUUUGGACUGAACUCUGAAAUCCAGUAUGUGGUGUCUGGAGGGAACAGCUCCAGUAAGUUCCGCUUGGAUAAACAGGACGGAUCUGUUUCAGUAGCAUCCUCGCUCACGGCAGACACAAAUAAAGUUUACUUGCUGGAGAUCACAGCGAGUGACAGAGGAAACCCUCCUCUCUCAGCAAAGACCACGAUCAGGAUCAUUGUGACAGAAGAGAACCAUCACACUCCAGAAUUCUCUCAGAAUCAAGUGACGGUCACCGUGUCUGAAAGUCUGAGUGUGGGCACAGCCAUCCGCACGCUCUCAGCCAGAGAUAAAGACAAAGACAAACAGAUGAACAGUCUGAUCUCAUACAACAUCUCCUCAGGAAAUGAUGACGGCUUGUUUUCUAUCAACACUCAGACGGGUGUGUUAUCUCUAGCCAAACCUCUGGAUUAUGAGAGGAAACAGAAACAUGAGCUGAGAGUUUCGGCAACAGAUGGAGGAUGGAUCUCUAAGAGCAGUUAUGUUACAGUUUAUAUUCACGUGACUGAUGUCAAUGAUAACUCUCCUGUGUUUCACCCUGUUGAGUAUUUCCCAGUCGUACAGGAAAACGUUCCCAGCGGGACCACUGUGGUGAAAAUGAACGCCACAGAUGAAGACUCGGGAGCAAAUGCUCUGAUGGCGUACGUCAUUCAGUCCUCAGAUAGCGAUCUGUUCAUCCUCGAUCCAAACACAGGGAUCAUCAGCACACAAGGCUUUCUGGACUAUGAAGCCAAACAGGUUUAUCACUUGACAGUCAAAGCGUUUAAUGUUCCAGACGAGGAGCGAUGCAGUUUCGCUUAUGUCAACAUUCAGCUUAAAGGAGCCAAUGAGUACGUCCCUCGCUUUGUGUCCAAACAGUAUUACUUUGAGGUGUCGGAGGCGGCGGCUAAAGGCACGGUGGUCGGCGAAGUGUUUGCUAGCGACAGAGAUUUAGGAGAAGAUGGCGUGGUGUAUUAUCUGAUCUUCGGCAGAAGCAGAAAGAAAGGCUUCAGCAUUAACAAAAGCACAGGUCAGAUCUACGUCUCUGGAGCUCUGGAUCGGGAAAAAGAAGAAAAGAUUUCCCUGCGUGUCCUGGCGAAGAAUGCGGGCAGCAUCAGAGGAGCAGAUAUUGAUGAAGUGUUGGUUAAUAUCACAGUUCUGGAUGCUAAUGAUCCUCCUGUAUUCACUCAAGAGCUUUAUGAUGUUCAGGUGAAUGAAGGGCUGGCUCCUGGAGGUCUGGUGACGUUUGUCAGUGCCGAGGAUUCAGAUUCAGUCCCCAGCUGGAGCAGAUUCACUUACGCAAUCGCUUCUAACAGCGACAGAAACACGUUCAGUAUAAACCCUCAGACGGGACAGGUGUCUGUGGCCGCAGAACUGGACCGAGAAAGCGUUCCCGUGUACAAUCUCACUCUUCUGGCCGUGGACUCUGGUUCUCCGGCCGCCACCGGGACCGCCACUUUAAUUGUGACCCUGGAGGACAUUAAUGAUAACGGACCCACGUUACUGAGCACAACUGGAGAGGUGAUGGAGAACCAGAGAGCGGGAACACCCAUCAUGACUCUCAGCUCAUCUGAUCCUGACCUCGCUCCAAAUCAAGGCCCGUUCUCCUACAGUCUCAUCAGCACCACCUCCUCUUACUUCAGUCUGAGCCCGUCAGGAGAGCUGAGCACCAGCCGAGAGAUCGACCGCGAGCACAUCAGUGAUUUCUAUCUGUCCGUCGUGAUUAAAGACUCGGGUGUACCUCAGAUGUCCUCCACAGGAACUGUUCACGUGAAAGUCAGCGAUCAGAAUGAUAAUCCCUCCGAGUCUCGCUCUGUUGAAAUCUAUGUCCAUUACUUUGGAAAUCUGUUCCCUGGAGGAUUUCUGGGGGUGGUGAAGCCGCAGGAUCCAGACGUACAGGACACGUUUCACUGUUCUCUGACUGCAUCGGCACCUUCUGUUUUCAACAUUCCCGCAGGAACCUGUGACCUCAAAUCAGUGGCUCGCUCUACGGACAGCACCUUUGAUUUAACGGUGCGCAGCAGCGACGGCGUUCACGAGGCUGUUCACAGUUACGUGCGCGUUUUCUUCAUCGCCUUUAACAACGCCACGGUGGACAACAGCAUUCUCAUCCGACUGGCCUCUCAAAGCGCCGCUGACUUUCUGACCAAUCACUACCUCAGUUUCUCACGCAUCGCCAACUCUCAGCUGGCCGGUCUGGGCACUGGAGUUCACAUCUACGGUCUGUUUGAACUCAACAACAGCACUUUCCUCAUGACAGCGGUCAAGAGAAGUCACGGACAGUACGUGAAUCCCAGCGGAGUGGCCACCUUCUUCCAGAGCAUCAGAGAGAUUCUCCACAGACAAACUGGAGUUCAGAUUGAUUCGGUGGAUUAUGAUCCAUGUACGCGUAAUCCGUGUCAGAACGGAGGCAGCUGUAAACGACGUCUGGCUGUGGAACCGGUCAUGAAGACGGAGGAAAGCGUCCCGGUCAUCCUCGUGUCAAAUGGUCCUCUGCAGCCGUACGCCUGCGACUGCAGACCCGGAUAUGCCGGAGCGCUCUGUGAGACGGAUAUCAAUGAGUGUCAGCCCACACCGUGCCACAACGGAGGAACGUGUCACAACCUGGUGGGUGGAUUCUCCUGCUCCUGUCCCGAGGGGUUCACCGGGAUGGCGUGUGAGAGGGACGUCAACGAGUGCCUUUCAAACCCCUGCCAGAAUGGAGCACUGUGCCAGAAUUUCCCCGGAGGAUUUAACUGCCUGUGCAAAUCUGGAUUUUCAGGUACAGUCUGUAAUCACUUUUAUAUUUGACACGAGCACACGUGUGAAGCAGAGGUCACGCGCCUGUGAGAGUUUAAGGCCAAGACAAAUAUUAGCAUGUGUGUGUGAGUAAGAGGUGUGAGUUAACUCAAACACAGCACUGAAGAGAUGAACAUCAGUUUACUGUAAUGAAGAGUGAUGAUCAAUCUCAGAAACCACUCGCAGUUCACCGCAUGCGUUGUGUUGUUUGUACUUUAAAUAACUCAAAGUCGUUUCCAUCACAGUUGUUUCGUUUCCAAAAAGUGUAUUUCAGCAUCGUGUG